AGAGAAUGCGGCAGAGGAGAGCAAUUCAGUAAUCCUCGUGCGGUGUUCAUCGACAAUUCCCGCUGUUCUCGUUGAUCUAUCAACCGCCAGUGUCUUUAUUUCUGUGCAAAAGGAUCUCGAUCGUGUGCAACAUAUUAAUUAAUUAGAUAGACGCGCGUGAUUUAAGAUGUGGUCUUCCGUCAUCGCAUUCAUCAGUUUGCUAUGUAUAUUAAUACCAUCAACGCAGUCUCAAGGUUCAUGCCAGAAUCCGCAAGGACAACCCGGCAUAUGCAUAAAUAUCAAAAAUUGUGCAGUGUUGCUCAACCUUUUGCAAUCAAAUUCUCAAGAUCCAGCGGUAGUAAAUUUCCUCCGUUCUUCGGUUUGCGGAUUCGAGGGUAGAGACCCUCGAGUUUGCUGUCCUAACAACAUCAAUGGCGGAAAUACCGGUAAUACAGGAAACACAGGCAACAAUUUGGAAGACGAUCAAGGUCGUAGCGAGAUCACGAAUACUGUGUAUGGUCCUUUGCAUCCACCUGAUUGCGGAUUCAGUAAUGUAUCGCUACGUAAGAUCGUUGGUGGCGAGCCAGCUUCGUUAGGUGCUUGGCCUUGGCUUACCGCUCUCGGAUAUAGAAGCCCGAGAGAUCCGAAUGUUCCGAGAUGGCUUUGCGGCGGCGCUUUGAUUUCCACUCGGCACGUGCUCACUGCUGCGCAUUGCGUACAUGGACGGGACGAUUUGUUCAAAAUACGUGUAGGUGACUUGGAUCUCGACAACGAUUUUGAUGGAGCGUCUCCCUUCGAGGACUUUAUCGAAAGGAAAGCAAUACACCCCGACUACAAUCCCACGAGCCAUACGAACGAUGUGGCUGUCUUGAAAACAACUCGAGAAGUACCUUAUACACCAACGAUUCAUCCCAUUUGUCUUCCAGUAGAUGAUUUUAAUAGAUAUAGAAAUCUGGAAAAUACAUAUCCUUUCGUUGCUGGAUGGGGAUCUGUUUAUUUCCGUGGACCCACAAGCAGUCGGCUUUUGCAGACACAAAUUCCUAUACGUACAGAAGAAGAAUGCAGAACAGCUUUUCAGAAUUUUAAAGGAAAUGUAAUAGAUAGCCGCGUUCUAUGUGCCGGCUAUGCUCGAGGUGGAAAAGACGCCUGUCAGGGUGACAGUGGUGGGCCAAUGAUGUCUCCUAGUCCUCGAGAUCACAAAUUUUAUUAUAUUGUUGGAGUAGUAUCAUAUGGUUUUAAAUGCGCAGAACCAGGUUUUCCAGGAGUAUAUACAAAGGUUACAGCCUUCCUCGAUUUCAUCACGAGGCAAUUAGUGUAAAUAACUCUUUUAAAGGAAAAUAGAAACUUUCCGUCCAUUUUUUUCUUAAAUCCUAAAAACUGAAUGUUAUAUAUAUUUGAAUGAGAUGUAUAUUGUAAUUAUCUCUCAUAUAAAUAAAUUAUAUGAUUUUUAU